AACAUCGGGCCUCGGGUGGCCUUGCCCGGCAGCGGGCCUCGCCCCCUCUCCCACCCCCGUUUCGGGUUGCUGAGCCCCGUGGCAGGAGUUCACGGACCCUUUUCCCCACCUCCAGCACCCAGCGCGGGGAGCAGAAGGCGCUAGAUGGCACUGCACUUCACCGAACGGGCUUGCAGGCUCCCGGCUGGCAGCUACGCCAAGGCACGACCAUGGGGAGAGCUGGCACAAGGACCAUCGGCUGCUCCGUCUGUCUGUCUGUCCGCCAGGGGAAAGCAUGGGGAGCUGAGCCGCCAGGGCAGCCGUACCGGAGAAACGAGUGGGCUCUGUCCAGGCAGAUGGGACGGAUGGAAACUGCGUCACGUUUGUGUUGCACGAUGAGGACCACACGCUCGGCAACUCCCUCCGGUACAUGGUCAUGAAGAAGUAAGUGGAGCCUCUGUGGUGCCUGGCAUUGCUGAGGGAACCUCUGUCUCCUACGCUGGCCUUCUCCUUACUGCUCUGCAUCUCAGUUGCCGCUGGAAGAAGGCAAAUGAUCAGAAACUGCCUCUGUGCAUGCCUGUUAGAGUCUUUAUAUCAGACACGGUCCCAAAGACUCCUUACCUACUACCUCUCUUCACAGGAUCAACUUUUUCCUUGCGCUGUUAGUGCCAGGACUCCAAGAGCACUAAUAGGCCUUAAUGGGCCUGACCAGCCACAGCUAGGGCCUCCACCCACACCCUGCCCAUGGGCCCAGGAGCCCCAUUUAAGCUCAGCUCGGGGCUUUCAGUCCCUCCUGAGCGAUGUUGUAGGAGUAUGGGUCUCCAGCUCAGCCUGUGCUGGGCUGUGGACUCCGUUCACCCACAGACUGACUUUCUGACCUGACCUCAGCCCUUCCUCAUCGCUGUGCAUCUGCGUGGUGGUCACUGGGUCGUAUCUGACCCUCAUGACCCUCACCUGACGUAACACUGACCUGCAGAUUGACUUCCUGGCCUGACUUUGGACCUGCUUCAUCCCCACAAACCUGCCUGAUGAUCUGGACCCUUGGCUGACCCUGGCUACCACCUUUGCACCCACCCUACUCCCUCGCUUGGGUGCUGUGGGACAGGGCCACCUAGUGAGGCGUCUGUCUCUCUGUUUCCGGCUCCCAGCUCCCCAUCCCUUAGGGAACAGCCAGUCCUCACUGCUCCUUGAUGGUUACUGGUGGAGGAAAUUUAAUGUCUGACGUGAAAGUCUUGGCCCUGGAUAAAAUGAUGCGCAACUCUACCCCUGAUGUGGAGUUCUGUGGCUACUGCAUCACGCACCCCUCUGAAAGCAAGAUCAACUUCCGGAUCCAGACCAGAGGGGCCCUUCCUGCUGUUGAGCCGUUCCGGAAAGGACUGAAUGACCUGAUGGGUGUUUGCCAACACGUGCUCAACACAUUUGAGAGGAGCAUGAAGGAAUACAGGGCGCAGAGGGAGGAAGAGAUGCAGUAGUGUUUGGGGGUGGCAGUCCCCGUGGAUGUGUGUAACGUCUGUGUGCUGAAUUCCCUGUGUCAAGAGGGUUUGGUUGGUUGGUUUGGGGUUUUUUUUUAUGACCGCUUUGCUGCAAAUCUGUAUUUUCUCUAAUAAUAAAGUUUAUGAAGUUUGACGCCGCAGCGGUGACACUGCGUUCAGCUCAGCACGGGUAUGGAAAAUGACAACUAGAAUGCAGCUCUUUUCCAUCUUAUUUCUUUCCUUCUCCAAGCAUUGUUGCUGUUCCCUGCCCGGGAUUUUCGGAUCACAGAGUUUGCAGGUAGUCCGGUGCACAGAGUCAGGCUGCCCCGGAGUCCACGGGGAGCCAAGGGGUUCAGUGCUGUGUAAAAUCAAGCUUUUAGAGAGGCAGCACCCUCUCCUAAUUUCAAUCAUUGAAUCAUCACCAGCGCAGUUGACUUCAACAGAUGCGGGCCAGCCUUCCUUUUUGAACAGAUCACUAUAAAAUGAUGCUUUCCUCAUGGGGAGGGCGAGUAAAAAACCGCUUGCCUUUUUUAACCCCCUGAAGAACGCAGCCAAGGGCAAGCCCAGACCACUCCUGGUGAGCAGGUUUAAAGGGUACAGCACUGAAGCCCUGGGGCCCGCUGGCAGCCAGCCGAGCGAGGGCCUUUUGUUGAGUGUAACGCGGCAUGAAAUUGCAGGGGUUUUCCUGCGCCGCGCCGGGCGGAGGAUUGCGAACCUUUCUGGUUUGCUCCGCGCAGGGGGGACGCUGCUUGUCUCUUCAGUGGGGGUCUGCAGUUACCAAAGGAACCUGCUGGUGCUCAAUUAAGUAUUUAGCAGACUUUGCAGACCCCCUGCUGCUUAAUAAGAAACACCCAGAGAUUUUUUUCCUUUCAAACACCAACAUGUUUUAUUAACAUACAGAGGAGUAAGAGGGAGGAUGUAGAAUGUCAGGUUUUCUCUAUAAAAUCGCUCUGUUAAAUACGAAUUGACGGACUUGGUCCCCCUGACAGGCUGCCGGUGGGUUUGUGGUUGCAGGCGUUAGGCCAAGGAGCCGGCUGAGCGCUGCCUUUUGUAAAAAAGGCUCCUUUGCCUCUUGGUUUGCUGCAGCGGAUUCAUCCUGCCCGUGCCAACGUGGUCCCGCAUCUGUAGCGGGCAGCUGCUGUGGCUUUGCUUUUCAGUAAUCCUGGCUGGCCUGGUUUCUUCGUGCUGAAACCCGUGGGUGGUCAAAGCAUGCUUUCACGUAGGGCUUGGGACGCGUGGGGAAGAGGGGCUACGCCUGGGGGGUGCCAGCAAGUGUUUUAUCCUGCUGCCCAGGGGCAAGCUCAGGCCUGGGGGGACAUUCUGGUUGGGGAAUUCCCCAGCCCAAGCAAGAGAGAGACAUAAAAAAGCAGGAAAGUGGUUUCCCCCGGGGCAGGGGGGAGGGGGUGACGGGGUGAAUAAGCCAGGAGCUGACUUGUGCACCUGGGCUCAAUCCCAGCCCAGGUGUCCUGGAGAAUAUUUACCAGGUCUUGAAACCUAGCUGGUCGUCCUCCAGCAUCCAGGGCAUGCUGUGGGCCGGCUACCUGUUCCCUGAGCUGGCCUGCAAGGACCACUCUGCUCCUGGACGUCCCCUGCCCGAGGAGGCAAGGAGGGGCUGAGGAAGGACUUCUUUCCCUGACAAGUGAUCUGACGCCUCCGUGGGCCUCCCUGGUGCAUGGCCCAACAAGCAGACCCUUGUUCCAGGUGAUGAGAGGUUUGUAAUUAGUGGCAAGCGCCCGGUGAUGCCCGUGGCAGCGGAUGGGAAGGUCAGCACAUCCCAUCUCUCUCUUCCCACCCUCCCUUCCAGCCACGGGCACCGCGCAGCCGCCCUGGCACCUCCUGAGCAUGCUAGACUUCAGUGAAAGCUUAGCUAAAAAAAAAAACCCAACACCUGGAAAAUGUUUUGCUUUA